UCUCUCCGUUCCCAACUUUCUCAUUCCUCUCACUUCCAACUUCGCUUUAUCCAAAUCCAAGAGCCCCCGCUCCCCUCUCCCCUUCAAAUGCUCAACGCACUCUCCGCUCCCCACUCUCGCCUCUUCCUCCCCGCUCCGCCGCGCCAACCCCGCCCUCCCCCCUCCGCCGCCGUCGUGCGCUCCGCCGUCGCCUCCCCCGCGCCGCAGAAGAAGGCUCGGAGGAGGCGGAGGAGGGGGAAGCAGCCGGAGCAGCUCCCCUCCGGCGGCCAUGGCUCCGGCCCCGCCUCUCCCGCCUCCGUCAUCGCCUCCGCCUCCGCCGCCGAGAAGGCCCUCCGCCUCGCUUUCAUGGAGGAACUGAUGACCCGCGCUCGGAGCGGCGACGUCGCCGGCGUGUCUGGAGUGAUUUACGACAUGGUCGCCGCCGGGUUGAGCCCCGGGCCUCGCUCGUUCCACGGCCUCGUGGUCUCGCACGUGCUCAACGGAGAAGCGGAGGGCGCGAUGCACUCGCUGAGGAGGGAGCUCAGCGCGGGGCUUAGACCGGUGCAUGAGACAUUUAUUUCGUUGAUUAGAUUGUUCGGUUCCAAAGGAUUCUCGAGCAGAGGAAUGGAGAUUCUUGCGGCAAUGGAGAAAUUGAACUACGAUAUACGCCAAGCGUGGAUAGUUCUUGUUGAGGAGCUUGUCAGGAACAAGCAUCUGGAGGAUGCUAAUGAUGUUUUCCUGAAGGGAGCAAAAGGCGGUUUGAGAGCUACGGAUGAGCUCUAUGAUCUUCUAAUUCAAGAAGACUGUAGAGUUGGCGACCAUUCUAACGCUUUGGAAAUUUGUUACGAAAUGGAGGCAGCGGGAAGAAUGGCCACAACUUUUCAUUUCAAUUGUCUUCUUAGUGUUCAGGCUACUUGCGGGAUACCAGAAAUAGCUUUUGCCACUUUUGAGAACAUGGAAUAUGGAGAAGAUUAUAUGAAACCUGAUACUGAGAGCUAUAAUUGGGUCAUCCAAGCAUAUACUAGAGCUGAAUCCUACGACAGAGUACAGGAUGUUGCUGAAUUACUUGGCAUGAUGGUUGAAGACCACAAGAGGUUGCAGCCUAAUGUGAAAACUCUUGCGUUGUUGGUGGAAUGCUUUACCAAGUACUGUGUAACGCGGGAGGCAAUUCGGCAUUUCCGUGCUCUGAAGAACUUUGAAGGAGGCACAAAAGUUUUGCAUAAUGAAGGGAACUUUGGAGAUCCUUUGUCCUUGUACCUCCGAGCUCUAUGUCGAGAAGGAAGAAUUGUUGAAUUGCUGGAAGCAUUGGAGGCAAUGGCCAAAGAUAACCAACCAAUUCCUUUGCGAGCUAUGAUCUUAAGCAGAAAAUACCGAACCCUUGUGAGCUCUUGGAUUGAACCUCUACAAGAAGAAGCUGAGCUUGGAUACAAGAUUGAUUACAUCGCUAGGUAUGUGGCUGAGGGUGGGCUUACCGGUGAGCGCAAGCGCUGGGUUCCACGAAGAGGAAAGACCCCUUUGGAUCCCGAUGUGGCUGGAUUCAUAUACUCCAAUCCUAUGGAAAACUCCUUCAAGCAAAGAUGUCUUGAGGAUUGGAGAAUGCACCAUAGGAAGCUUUUGAAAACCUUGCAGAAUGAAGGACUCAUAGCUUUAGGCGAUGCUUCUGAAUAUGAAUAUAUUAGAGUGGAGGAGAGACUAAGAAAGAUUAUAAAGGGUCCCGAUCGAAAUGUUUUGAAACCUAAGGCUGCCAGUAAGAUGACAGUAUCUGAAUUAAAGGAAGAAUUAGAGGCUCAAGAUCUGCCAACGGAUGGAACCAGAAAUGUUCUCUAUCAGCGCGUGCAGAAAGCAAGGAGAAUAAACCGUUCACGUGGACGCCCCCUUUGGGUUCCUCCUGUAGAAGAGGAAGAGGAGGAGGUUGAUGAAGAGCUGGAUGAACUUAUUUCUAGGAUCAAGCUAGAGGAAGGAAAUACAGAGUUCUGGAAACGCCGAUUUCUUGGAGAAGGAAUGGAUAGGAGUCGGGGAAAAACCAUAGAGGUGGAGCAAGUAGAAGUUUCAGAUUUACUGGAUGACAUUGAUGAUGCAGACGAUGCUGUAAAGGAUGUUGAAGAUGAAGAAGGCGAUGAAGAGGAGGAAGUUGAACAGACUGAAACCGAGAGUCCAGAUGGAGAGAGGGUAAAGGACAAGGAAGCUGAAGGGAAAAAACCGCUUCAAAUGAUCGGUGUCCAGUUACUAAAAGAUUCUGAUCAAACAACUACCUCAACAAAAAAAUCGCGGAGAAGAGUUUCUCGAGCAUCUGUGGAGGAUGACAAGGACGAUGAUUGGUUUCCUGAGGAUAUAUUUGAGGCAUUUAAGGAACUACGGGAAAGGAAAGUUUUUGAUGUGUCAGAUAUGUAUACAAUAGCUGAUGCUUGGGGUUGGACAUGGGAGAGGGAGUUGAAAAACAGGCCACCUCAGAGGUGGUCUCAGGAAUGGGAAGUGGAGUUGGCAAUGAGAAUAAUGCAAAAGGUAAUAGAAUUGGGUGGACAACCUACUAUUGGGGAUUGUGCCAUGAUACUUCGUGCAGCUAUAAGGGCUCCUCUGCCAUCAGCUUUCUUGAAGAUCUUGCAAACUACACAUACUCUUGGUUAUGUGUUUGGGAGUCCUCUAUAUGAUGAAAUCAUCUCACUUUGUCUUGAUCUUGGAGAAUUGGAUGCUGCGGUAGCCAUAGUUGCAGACAUGGAGACCGCUGGAAUCACCGUUCCCGAUCACACUCUGGAUAGGGUCAUUUCUGCACGGCAAGGCGUUGACAGUAUCACCGAUGAUGUGCCCGAAUAAGUGUCCUCGUCUGUUCAUCCCCUUGCAUGGUCGCACUCGAGGUUUAUCGGGAAGUUCUGUAUCAGGGGAUCGACGAGCACUUCGGAUAUCUCAAUGUUGGGCUUGAUGUUAUCAACAGAUCUGAUUGCACGGCCGAAGCUGGUUUAUGUCGCGAUGAAGAUGAUUACGAGUGAGGUUCCAAGGUAUGUUCACAUUAUAGGACUUCGCAGGAAAGAAAUGGAACUCGAGACACUGAUGAGACUCAUUGGAGAGAUGAAUUCUGAUUGUACAUACCUUAGUCUUACAGUUGAAUAGGGGUCAUUUUGGUAAUCGAUAUGUUCAUACAUUAUUUAUUGGAUCCCCGAGUCGCUUCCUGUACACCCUGAAACAACGACCGAAUUUUCUGCUUUCUUCUUGA